AUGUGCCCCGACGUAACACAGACCAUCAUGACCACACCAAAUGCGGCGCUGAAGCGGGCCUAUAUAGCCCUGGGCAGCAACAUGGGCAAACGUGCUCAGAAUAUUCACCAAGCCCUCCGAUGCAUAUCUUCCAACGAUUUGGGUGUGGUAUCGGACACGUCGUUCCUGUACCAGACGAAGGCCCAGUAUGUCACAGACCAGCCGAAUUUCCUCAAUUGCGUACGAACACUCCGCUACGGCCCGCGGCCAAUAGACUUGGACAUACUCCUCUAUGGCGAUGAAGUCGUGGAUGCCCCUGACUUGAAAAUACCCCACGAGCGAAUGCACGAGCGAGAUUUCGUCCUAGCCCCAUUGACGGAUGUGCUAUCGGCCCAGUGGAACCAUCCGACCCUCGAUAGGAGCUUGGGUCAAUUGUGCGGCGCGUUGCGGACUAUGGAUCAGUGUCACAGAGUCCUCCCUGUGGGGGACGACCAACUACUAGACUGGGACGCGGGGAGGACCUUCAUAAUAGGUGUACUCAACGUCACUCCAGACUCCUUCUCGGAUGGUGGUCUUUACACCACCGUGGAAAAGGCAGUGAAACACGCGAGGACGCUGAUCGAGAGUGGUGCUGAUAUCGUCGACAUUGGCGGGGAGUCGACCCGUCCGGGUGUCGAUAGCUUGAAGGCUCUGGACGUUGGUGAGGAACAGGCGAGGGUCUUGCCCAUUAUCAAGGCCAUUCGAAAGGAUCUCGGUGACUCGGUUCUGUUGAGUGUUGAUACACGCAAUGCCAGUACGGCUCGGAGGGCAGUAGAGGCGGGGGCUGAUAUGGUCAACGACGUCUGGGGUGGCGUUUGGGAUUCGGAAAUGCUGGCCACCGUGGCGGAGCUUGGCGUACCGUACGUCUGCAUGCAUAUGCGGCCACAUGGGCAGGAGAAGUAUCCUAAUGGAGUUGUCAGGGAAGUCCAUGAGGUCCUUACUACACAAGUCAAGGCUGCGAUGAGGGCUGGCGUUCCCCGUUGGAACAUCAUUGUCGAUACCGGACUCGGUUUCGGUAAGUUAUCCAACCACAAUUUCCAGUUAUUACGGUAUUACAAGGAGGCCUUGCCCACUACUCUCUCUGGAGUGCCCUGGCCCUCACUCAGUGGUCCGUCGCGAAAGAGGUUCGUUACGGACCGAAGUGAUCCUCCCGAAGACAUCUGGGACAUGGCGGCGUUUGGUACGGGCGCUGCUGUUGUCGCGUCUAUCGAGAAGGGCGCCAACAUAGUCAGAGUUCAUGACGUCAAGAAGAUGCAGAGGGUGUGCAUGGUGGCGGACAAGGUGUACAGAGUCUCCGAUGAGGAGAUUGAAGCUGAAUAG